GCUGCGGCCGGGGCCUGAUUAAACCCGCGACACAGGUGUGACCACUCGGAGCUGCCGCCUGUCUUUGUUAUUACUCAGCGCAGGAAACAAUGUGACUAGGGGCGACCGCUCGGCAACUUUUUAACACAUGUCUCUUGCUGAUAUGAAAGUGCCAGAGGAGGAGUUAAUGAGCGACAUUCUGAAGCGGCUGACGGGCGAGUCUGCGCUCCCUGUGUACAGCAACAUCGAGAAGUUCAGGCGGGGGAAGGACGGCUCGUAUGUCGUCGCUGAGGACUUCCAAGAAACCGUGAAAAAAAGAGAACUGGUCAACGCCAAGGAACGACUCAGGAUCAGGAACUUGAACACCAUGUUCUCCCGCUUGAAACGCAUGGUGCCACUAAUGCGACCAGACCGUAAGCCCAGCAAAGUGGACACACUUAAAGCUGCGACAGAAUACAUUCGAUUGCUUGUUGCAGUUUUGCAGGAUACUAACAGUAAUGAUGGGACUGAUUUCCUAAAGAAUGCAAUCACUUAUGGUCAGACUGAAGGCUUCACCAAUGAGCUAUGGAGAGGGGAUGACUUGCUGAACAUGUCAGAGAUGGAAGAUGAAUUUACUUUGCCUCCAGAACCGGUAACAGAGGAUGGAGAUAUGACCAGACUGGUGUUGCAACACUGUUUGAUGCCUGCAUACCAGUUCAUCAUCCAAGUAGCACCUGAUCAGACCGCAGUUUCUCAACCCUUCUGAGUGAUGUUUAGAGCAGAUCGACCAGAUGUGGAAACCUGCCAGUGCAAAAUCUGCACAGACUCCUCAUGGAAGACAAAGGCUGCAUCCAAAUGUCCAGACUUCACCGCAUUUGCAGACUUUGCAGCUGUGUUCACAGGAAGUUUGCAAGUCUUGAGGGGUUUUCCAAACUUACAUUUCAUCCAGCCCGCAGGGGCCCUCAAAUGGACUUUCUGCAGAUUUUCCAAAGGUCUACUUGCAGAGUGGACUUGAAUGGACUUCACUGAUUUACAUAUCACAGUUCAUUGCGAUAUGGACGUAACGUUAUAGAACUCCUUAUAAAUGUGUAAAACAAUUAUUUUAUUGAAACUUACUUGAAAAGUGUAUGCUAGAAAUAAUACUAACCACAUUAUAAUACAUACAUAUCUAGAAGUAAAGAUUAUAGAGUUUAUCUAAAUGAUUUUUAUUACAUAGUCUUAAGGCCUGUCUAUCAGUGGCUUAUAUAUGCCUUGCGGUCUCACACACUCCCAGGCUUGACACAAUGACGGUGAACACAUCACGGUAUGUACAACUGAAGUAUUUGAGGGCACUGUCUGCAAGCCCAGAGGGUGGACAUCUGGAUGUAGCCAAUAGGAAAAUCACAGGUGUUUUUGAUCAAAGUAAUGAUGGCUGAAUUCCAUUUUGCUGCUUCAGUUUCAGGGUCCUGGUCCUGCUGGAUCAUAUUCAAACUGUCACUUGAAUAGAACAGAGUCAUCUUAAAUGUUGUUAAUACUUUUCCUACUAUGACAAGUCAGAAUGGCUGCUGUGAUAUUGCAUCUUUUCAGUGCACUAAUUAAUUCAGUUUUCCAACCACAGUAAAUGUUUCAAUGUUAAUUGACCUGUUCAAUGUUAAAACCCUUCUAUCAUCCUGCUGCCACUCCACUGACCCUGUACUUACAGGUCCAGUACACUGACACUGAUGUUUAAAGUUUUUAUUGGCAGAUUAGACAUCUGCUCUAAUUAGGUGUGACUGGUGGUUUACUGAGAUCACUAAACUCUUACAUAUAGAAGGAAUUACCCCUUUUGUCAUGCUCAUACAGCUUGCUUUAACAGCACUGGAGCAAGUAAUGGGAGUAAGAUCUUACAGAUAUGAAAUGCAUUGUUACAGUGCCCUCUUAUGGUUGAAUGUUUGAAGUUGGGUGGUAUCAGCAGUGGGCACCGAUGCCUCAGUGAUGAGAAUUUACAGGGAUUAUCAGGGUGUGCUAAUAACAGCUGCAUCAGUGCAGUCGCUGAAUCACUGAGUUUAGUAUUUGUUUUCAAAAGAAUUGCAUUUUUUUAAAAUUAAU